UGCCAGUUGGAAUAGGACCCAGGGUCUUUUUUCCAAUAAUUCACCACACAGCAAAAAUGUUGGGCAUGCAAACUGGGUUCUUCUCUACGCUUAGAGUAGCCACACAGACCGCAACGUCAUGCUUGUCUCGACCCUCCCUCGUCUCCAACGUGAAUCGCAACCUAGCACCUCUCAUUGCAACACGAUUCCAUUCCAAUCUCGCCCCACGACGUACCAAAUACCGCAAAGCACAAAAGGGCAAAGUCCCACUACCCACUGGUGGUUCGACCAAGGGAACCACUGUUGAAUUUGGAGACUACGGAUUGCGAGUGAAGGAGGGUACUCGUUUGUCAGCUAAACAAAUAACCGCCGCCUAUGAUACCAUUCGACGCAAAAUCAAGCCUGUCAAAGGUUCACAACUCUGGAUGCGUGUGUUCCCCGAUAUCCCUGUUUCCAGCAAGGGUAAUGAAGUUCGUAUGGGUAAAGGAAAAGGUUCCAAUGAUUACUGGGCUUGCCGAGUACCAUUGAACCGUGUUGUCUUUGAAAUUGCUGGUAUGCGCAAGGAAAUCGCUAAAGAAGCCUUACGAUUGGCAAGCGACAAGCUCCCUGUCAGAACCGAGUUCAUUGAACGCAACGCAAAACCUGUUAUCGGUGCUGGUUUUGUUACCCCUGUUCCCGCUAGACUUCAACCAGCCGCUAAACCAGUUAUUCCUGAAGUACAAGCAUAAGAAAAGAGGCGGUUGCGCAAGGCAAAGAAAAGAAAAGCUAUAAAAAACCCAAAUGACAACAAAAAUUGGAAGGCUAGAGCAUCUUCAUCCUGUAAUAUUAAUAGACAAAGUCCACAAUAAACCCUUGUUUUCUCAAUUUCAGAAGGGAGCAUAAUGUUCAUUGUUGUAUUUGAGAAAUCCCCCA